CAGCUGUACAUCCCUUGAGCGCGUGCGUCGGCUCGACAUAAACCUGGCCUCUCUCUCCCAUAAACCAGAGAAAAUCCAGUCUCCAAAUUUAGCUUAUUCUCUGCCACAGAACAGAGAAAAUCCAGUCUCCAAAUUUAGCUUCUUCUCUCCCUUGUAGCUUCUUCUUCUUCAUCCAGUCUCCAAAUUGUAGCUUCUUCUUCUCCAAGUUGUACCUCCUCCUCCUGCUAUGGAUUCAAGCCACAGUGAAGUAGCCCAUGACUACUCUCCCUAUCUUAAAAUCUACAAAGAUGGUCGACUAGAGCGACUUUCAGGCACCGAGAUCGAACCCCCAUCUCUUGAUCCGCAAACCGGCGUUGAAUCCAAAGACGUAGUUAUUUCACCCGAAACAGGUGUAUCCGCCAGGCUUUACAUUCCGAAAACCACCGAAAAAAAGCUUCCUCUCGUUGUUUACUUCCAUGGCGGAGGCUUUUGCAUUGAAACCGCCUUCACUCCACGGUACCACAGCAACCUUAACUCCAUUGUCGGCGAAGCCAACGUUGUUGCGGUCUCUGUAGACUACAGGAGAGCCCCAGAACACCCUCUUCCUGUUGCUUAUAAUGAUUCAUGGGCUGCGCUUAAAUGGGUAGCGUCCCAUGUUGAUGAAUGGUUGAAAAGCCAUGCAGAUUUUGAAAGAGUGUUUUUCGUUGGGGACAGCGCCGGGGCUAACAUUGCGCACCAGAUGGCCUUGAGGGUGGGCGUAGAAGGAUUGGCUGGUGUUAAGCUACAAGGGAUUGCUCUUGUGCAUCCAUAUUUCUGGGGCAAAGAACCGAUUGGCGGCGAAACGACCGAGGCUCAGAGGAGAGCGAUGGUCGAGUAUUUUUGGCGUUUUGUGUGCCCGGCGACGAGUGGGACUGACGACCCUUACAUAAACCCAGCUUCGGAUCCGAAGCUGGGGAGCCUCGGUUGUGGGAGUGUGCUGGUUUGUGUUGCCGAGAAGGAUUUGUUGAAGGAGAGGGGCUUGUAUUACUGUGAGUUAUUGGAGAAGAGCGGCUGGGGAGGAGCUGUCGAGGUGAUGGAGGCUCCAGGGGAGGAUCAUGUAUUCCAUUUGCGUGACCCACUUUCCGAAAAUUCUGUGGCCUUGCUCAACCGGAUUGUUUCUUUCAUCAAUCGGGCUGAGCCCUGAAAGACGGAUCCUACAUUGUUUGUAUUUCAAUCAGUAAUAGUUUCUAGUUCCUAAUUUGGUAUAGGCCGGCCGCCGGCCACUAUGAUUGAGCUUAAUUCAGUCAAAAAAAAAAAAAAGAUGCAUGUAUGAAAGUCAUUUGGUUUCAUCAAUGAAAAUGGCAAAAUGCUAUGUCUAUUGCAGCCUGAUUGGAUCCCAUUAUGAGAUUUUUGUUUUUAGCAAUCAUAAAGCGUACGGAAGACAGGGCUGAGAGUGACGUUUGCUAAGAAAGAGUAAAUGCUCAUUAUAUAUGAUGUCAAUCGUGUACACAGUUGCGCAUGUAACUUUAGCAUUUAAGCAGAUUUCUCUGUUGCAUUCCGCGUCGUGUAAGAAGUUCGGGUAUCUCAAUUAUGUACGAUGUUAAUCUUGCAUUAAUUACUAAACUUGGGUGGAAACUUUUGUCUAA